CGAGCGUCUAGAGAGGGCUGUGGCGGCGAUCUAGCUGAUGACGCUGCUCGCCAGGAUCCGAUGAUCGAAGAAGCGUCCGCGGCAGAGGAUUCCAGGGUCGCGGCCAGGGAUGACGAAGAAAUCACGGUUUUCUCGAGCCCGGUGCGAGAUUUCGAGCUGGAUUUGGGAGAUGGAGAGGAAAUUCUUAGCAGUUUCUGCGAGGGGAACGAGCUCUCGUUCAAUUACAUUCCAGACAAGGUCGUGGCCGCGAUAAAUGCCGGUGGCUCAUCGAUUCUAGAUACAUCUUUCGGCAUCGAUUUCGUGGACGAUCGAUUUUUCUCUGGUGGAGAUGUGCUUAGAACUGCCGAAGAUAUCGUUGAUGCGCAGGAGCCUUCGCUAUACCGCACAGCAAGGUAUGGGGAGGUUACUUACGCCCUAGAUGGACUGGAAAGUGGAGAUUACUACGUGGAUAUCCACUUUGCCGAGAUUAUUUUCACGAAUGGUCCUCCUGGGAUGAGGAUCUUUGACGUCUACAUUCAGGACGAGAAGGUUGUCUCGGAUCUUGACGUCUAUGGACGGGUGGGGUCGAACAGGCCCUUGAUUUUGCUAAACGUGCGAGCUGCAGUCGACGGCGGUGUUCUUACUUUGGCAUUUCGUGGCGUUGUUGGAAAUCCCACCAUCAGCGCCAUCUGCGUUCACAGAGCUCCUCCUCUUGCUAAGCGAACCGGUCGUAAGCCACGACCAAUUUACGAGCUUGCGUUGGAAAACUGCCAGAAGCAGAAUGCUCGCAGACUCACGUUUUGUGAGCAGAUGAGGGAUAAAAGUCGAGGAGCAGUUACUGAAAGCGAGCAAAGAUUGGAAGAACUCAGAAACGAGUGCCAUCAGGCCUGGAUUUCUGUUCAAGAAUCCAAUCGCCAAGCUGAAAAAUUACGUGAUGAACUUUCCGUGAAGUCUCUUACUGUCGAUACACUCGCAAAUGCCGUGGAAACUCAGGUGCUGGAGCUAAGAGAUUUGAAGGAAAAAGAAAUGAACGAAAAGACGAAGUUGAAGCUAGCCGUCAGUGAUGCCCAGAGGAAAGUCGAGGAACUCAGAAUACUCUAUAGUCUCCUGUCCAAGGACGCAAGAGAUUGUAUAUGCUCCUUUCCAGAUCCCCAUGGCAUGGUUUCUGCGGUUCAAGCUUUAGUGAAUGAACAGAAGGAGUUAAAGAAAAGACUACUAGACGAGAGUCAAGAACGGAAGUUUUUGUACAACAAGUUGAUUGAAAUGAAAGGGAACGUUAGGGUGUUUUGCAGAUGCAGACCGUUGAAUGCAUCAGAAGCGUCAGCAUCGUCGGUGUCACUAGUCGAGUUUGACUCCGCUAGAGAGAAUGAACUCGUCAUUCGGGCUGGCACCAAUCCGAAAAAGCUCUACAAGUUUGAUCGAGUGUUCACUCCCGAAGACGAUCAACCUGAAGUGUUUGCAGACACGUCUCCGGUCGUUGUAUCUGUCCUGGAUGGCUACAACGUGUGCAUAUUUGCCUACGGACAAACAGGUACUGGCAAAACAUUCACGAUGGAAGGCAUUCCAGGAAACCGAGGUGUCAACUAUCGUACAUUGGAGGAACUUUUUCGACUAUCUACUGUACGCAAAGGAGAGGUCAACUAUGAGAUAAAAGUUAGUGUUCUAGAAGUUUAUAAUGAGCAGAUCCGAGACUUGUUGACAACACCAUCUCAAGCUGGUCUGGCGCCAAAGAGGCUAGAAAUUAAGCAAGACGCUGAUGGUGGCCAUCGUGUUCCUGGCCUCGUCGAGGCUGAGGUACACAGCAUGACAGAAGUAUGGGAGGUUCUCCAAAGCGGGAGCGCUGCUCGAGCUGUUGGCUCUACAAAUGCUAACGAACAUAGUAGCCGUUCUCACUGCAUGUUGUGCGUGAAAGUAAGAGGCGAGAACAUGACUACAGGAGAAUGUACUCGCAGCAAGCUUUGGCUUGUCGAUCUUGCUGGAAGCGAGAGAGUUGCAAAAAGUGAUGUUCAGGGUGAUCGCCUGAAAGAAGCUCAGAACAUCAACAAGUCGUUAUCAGCCCUGGGAGAUGUUAUUCACGCUCUAACGACGAAAAGUAACCACGUGCCUUACAGGAACUCGAAGUUAACACAUCUUCUGCAAGACUCGCUUGGAGGAGAAUCGAAGACUCUUAUGUUCGUACAGAUAAGCCCCACCGAGGCUGAUGUCGGGGAAACGUUGUGCUCCUUAAAUUUUGCUAGCAGAGUACGUGGUGUAGAGAUGGGUCCGGCAAAGAAGCAGCUCGAUUCCUCGGAGUUUUUCAAGUAUAAGCAAAUGGCAGAGAAGGCUAAGCAAGAUGUGAAAACCAAGGAUGAUAGCGUCAGAAGGCUCGAAGACAGCUUACGUACCACCGAAAGUAAACUGAAGGUAAAAGAACAACUGUGUCAGAGCCUAGCUGAAAAGGUCAAGGACCGAGACAAAGUUGCUGCUGAACUGGAGCUCCAGCUAGCCACCGAGAAGAAAGCUCGUCUUGCAGCAGAAGUGGCUCUCAAGGAAAAGCGUCUGAAAGCUGAUAGAGAAGGAUCGUGGGACAGGGCUGACAGGGCGAAUGCGGAAGAAGCUCUUGAAGCUGCGUUUAAAACAGCCGCUAGUUUUCACCCCAAGGAAAAUAGUUACAGACAACCGUUACAAGAGCGGGCGCUGGAGAAUGAGCUUAAGCCGCUAAGCAAAGACGAGAAAGCUCCCAAAGUCCUUGGUGAAACCGUGCUCUGCAAAACGAGAACAUCGAUCCCCAAAAUCCAGAUGGUCUUACUUCGGUUCUACGCAAGCCUCCACACGCAAGGCUGAAGGUGGUACCUUCGAGAUUCAAUUCUCCGCCGCUUAUGCCAAUGCCCCGCCGAACUUCGCUGU